GCUUACUCUGCAACCAUGGAAGCCGCAGUGUUUACAUGACUCCAGGUUUUACACCAACCACAGGUGGUUCAGCUGAGACUUGUCACAUCGUCGAUACACACCGACCGUCACGGGCGGAGCUGAUUCCAUCUUUCAGAAGGUUGACGGCAUUAACACGUGCGUGGAAUUAUCGUUGUCGUUGGCAGGAAUUGCGAGCACGGAUACCGUCAACUUGGUCUCCACUUUCUAAUACAGUGCCGUGGUUUGUGUUGUGUCGUACGCUAUGCAGGCCUUGCGUGCUAUGUUUGUUUCUACAUUGACGUAGCCUACCGGGACGACAAAGAAACGUGGCGUUAUUCUUUGUAAUUUAACAGUGAAAGGGAAUUCCGACAAUAUGUCGUCGAGUGCGCUUUACAAGGUCGUUACAGAGUUGAUGUCAGCCAAGUAUGAGGUAGUUCAACCGCUUGGUAAUGGUGUGUUUGGUACCGUAUACUUGGUGAAAGAUAGCCGUGGUACCGAAAUGGCCAUGAAGAAGAUCCAGUGGCACAGGGAGAGGGCAGGUUACGACAGCGCUAUCAGAGAAUCGAAAGCGUUUGCUCUGACAAGACACCAUGCCCACGUAGUAGAAUGCAUCGAUGGAUACGCUGACGAAAACUAUGCGUAUAUCGUGAUGGAGUAUUGCGAUGGUGGCAACCUAAACAAAUAUAUGUUGGCUCGUCAAUUCAACUACCAGGAAAACCUACAAAUUAUGUUGCAAUUAGCGGACGCCGUGUCAUUUCUACACCACAAUGAAAUACUCCACCGUGAUCUCCGACCGCACAAUAUAUUGAUUAAAAAAGCAGCUAAACGGUCGGGACCUAGUUAAAGUUACUGGUUUCGCUGUUU